GGAGGGUACUACGGAUACACUAACCGACUCUGUAUUAGGUUCCGUUUUCCGCUAAUCCAAUCCCCUCCUCCCCUCUCUUUCUUCCCUCUAUAUAUAUAAUCUCCCGCAUUCCAUCGUUCCUUCUCCGAAGACGGAACCGCGCGGUUUUUUACAUGACUGCGCGAAACUAUUCCGUCACUUUCCCAACGAAAUCUUGAAACACUCUCCGCUUUCUCUCCCCUUCGCAUUCUCCGAUUCCUCUCCGCAGAUUUUGAUACGUUCGAGGGUGAUUUAGGGUUUCGAGAGCCUCGCGAUUUCGGUGGAAAAAGAGAGAGAGGGAGAGGGAGUCUCGUUAGGGUUUUUGUUCGCCGUGUUCGUGUUUCGGGAUUGGGGAUGGGGAGCGACGAUCGUGACGAUAAUCGGCUGAUCAAGGCCAAUUUCACCGCCGAUGGAGCGGCGAAGCUUAAGGAGUGUGUGAUGCAGAAGCUCAAGGAAUUCAUGGGAGAAUACACCGAUGACACUCUUGUGGAAUAUGUUAUUGUGUUAUUGAGGAAUGGUAAGCGCAAAGAACAAGCAAGGAAGGAUUUGUAUGUUUUUCUGCGUGACCACAGCGAUUCAUUUGUAACCUGGCUCUGGGAUCAUCUGGACAUACAUUUAGAUUCAUAUGUACAACCUGAAGCAUUGUUGGAUGAAGCUCCUAAAAGAAAGGUUAUAUCAUCAGAGGUUCAAGCUGGGGGUGAUGAUUCUCAGCUUUUGAAUUCACAGUCAGAAAAAGGAAAAUCUAGUAAGCCAUCUAGAAGUCGACAUAACAAAGAUUGGAAGGGAUUGAUGAGGUCAGAAGCUGAACCACCACCUUUAAUUCGGAGCUCCAUGGUUGACAAUGCUCAUUUGGAGGAAAAAGCCCAACCUGAAGUCAAUCAUGGUACAAGGUCCCUAUCUCCUAAGCCUCCAGUUCAGAGGAAAAGGAGCCGGGCUGAUGAACAACAGAGGACAAAGAGGGAUGUUAUCUCACAAGUAAAUAUUGCUGCUCCACGACGGCUGCUUCAAUUCGCUGUGCGAGAUGCAGUAGCUACAUCGAGGACAUCCAAUUUAGGCAUGUCAGUGGAGCCUUCUCUUAAACGUCUUCGUUCUGUAGUUUCUACGUCUGCUGGUGAUUCAUCUUUGGUUGAACGUCCACAGAGGACACAGCUUGCUUCCAGGGUGGCAAAUCCAAUGGCUACAGUGAUUAAGGCCGUAGCAGAAGCUGCUGAAGAUGUGGUAAAAUCCAAGCCCUCUGGAAGUGUUUUUGAUAGACUUGGUCGUGGAAUGGAUACAUCAGAAGAUAACAGGCAACUUGAAGAUAGUUACCAAAAUGAGGAGCAAAACCAUUUAUUUUAUCCUCAAAGGACUGACUACAAUGGGCAGUAUGCUGCAAAUACGACUAUGAUGGGAGAUGAAACUGGUUAUCCUUCUGAUUCUAUUUCAGAUAAUGAAGAGUUAGAUGAUAUUAAUGUCAUGGAUUGUAGGGUGUCUGGAGCUCCUCAGAUCAGUCCCUCUGUUGGAAACAGGGGCAAUGAUUUACUGAUGUAUAGUAUAGCAAAAAAUGUUGAUGAUAGUUUGCACCUAAAACGUAAUCGAGAACAGGAGCAACUUACUGCUUCACCCAGCUCAUCUCACAAGAUAGUGAAUUUUUCUGUUAAUAUAAAUACAUGGAAGCCACCACAACAUCAGGAACCAAGAGAGGUUGCAGAGUUAGAUGGUAAUAAAAACUUUUACAAUGUAAGAGAUACAAGAUCUAACAUGCGGCUGGUGAAGGAGAAUGCCAACACUCUAAAAGUUAGUAAUGGGAAUGCAAACCCUGCUCUUGAAGUUCAGAAGGAGUCUAGCAAGGCACACUUAAUUGCUUCUGGUUCUAAUGCUGCUGGUCGUCCUUUAGAAGAUGUAGAUUCAAGAACCAUUUUUGUUAGCAAUGUUCAUUUUGCUGCCACCAAAGAUGGCCUAUCUCGUCAUUUUAAUAGAUUUGGGGAAGUUUUGAAAGUGAUUAUAGUUACUGAUGCAGCAACAGGGCAGCCAAAAGGGGCAGCUUAUGUUGAGUUCAUGCGAAAAGAAGCAGCAGAUAAUGCAUUAUCUCUAGAUGGCACAUCUUUCAUGUCACGAAUUCUCAAGGUUGUUAAGAAAAGUGCUGCACAUCAAGAAUCAGUUCCAGCUAUGGCACGGCCACGCAUUGUUAGGGGUUCUCCAUUCCCUUCUGCUAGGUAUUCCAGACUUCCCUUUCCAAGAGGUAUUCCUGGUGCGUUUAGACCUCGACCCCCAAUUAAACUGGGUGCCAGGAGCUUGCAAUGGAAGCGGGAUGCUCAGGGAUCUGACAGUAGUCCAUCUGUGAAUACUGGUAGUGUUGCUGCUCCUGGCCCUCGUGGAUUUACCUAUGUCAGAACAGAAUCUAAGCCAGAAGGCAGCUUGGGUACAACAUAGUUUAUUUCUUAAGAUGGUGUUAGACUACGGUUGCAUCAGUGCUUUCAAUUCUGAUGGGAUAAAAAUUGGUAAAAAAAUUAUUAAUGUAAGGAGAUGCCUGGCCUAAAUUUUGGAAUUUUCAUAUGUACAUGGAGGAUAUUUUAAUAUCUAGGUGUCUAUGUAGAUGUAGGUGGUAGAUGACGUUUAAUAAUGCUUAUUUUUUGUCAUCGGUUGAAGCUACAGACGGGAGGACAUUGAUUUUAUUGGGGUGAAGAUGAGAAGAAUGUAAUGGAAAUAUCUGGGAAUUAUCCAUAAAUUGGAGUGUUUGGGUAGGGUGGACCCUGUUGUGGUCUUGGUUACACGGAUAGCAUGUUUCUCUGCAUCUUUUUGGUCUAAAGUGUUACCGUUGAAAGAUUAUUAAAUAAUGGUAAAGGAGAAAUGCUGAGUUUCAUUAGACUGCGUUAUUACCUCAAAUGUUCAAAAUUCAGAUAGUUAAAUGUUUCAUUCUUUCUGUAAUUUUACAGUUUAUGAUGAUACUUAUUCUUUGUAGGACCUUCAUCUAUGUUUUAGGGAAAUCCUUAGGUUACAUGCUGUAUGAUACUACUAGCAACACACAAUGCAAUUGUCAAAGAUCGACAUUCAUUGCUUUAGAUUUUAAACAUAUACAUCCUUGCCCUCCAUGCUGUCAUCUCCACCAUUGGAUGAUCCGUCAAUGGCAAAUUAGAUAUGGUAUCUGUUGCAUAACCUAUAGGAAGUAGGAACCAUCCUUGCUUUACCUUCGUACGGUUUCUCUUCCUACUCUGUUGGUUUUUGGGCCCAAGGCCAUCCUUAGUGUAAAAAAUGAGAAAACAUUUAACUAUGCCUUGUACUGUUGAAUUCA